AUGCGCUCUAACGGCGCGGGACACUUGGGGAAUGACACGUUUAUGGCUGUCACGCGCGACAACACCGACAACAUGUUUCUUGUCACGAGCAAACUGACGGAGGAGCGCGUCACGCCGUACCCGUUGGCGCGUCGCGUGCGCUUCAUCCCACACAGUGACACCGCCUCCGCACCGGCGUCCUCAUGCGGGCAGGCGGCGGAGAGUGGCGCAGCGGCGUCGGACGGCCCUCAACAAGACGUACGGCACAGCCUUCACCCCUCACUUGACGGAAAGCUGGUGGCCGCGAUCAGCACAGGCCGGUGGAGGCACUACCUGGUCGACGUGCUGAGCGCCCGAGUCUGCGAGUUCCAGACGGUGGCGCCCGUGAUGGGCGUGGCGUGGCACCCGACAAGCCCCCGGCGUCUCAUGCUUCUCCUGGCGACAGGGACGCUCCUCCUGUUCCGCGCCGACACCGUCGCGCUGGGGGUUGUCUUCCAAGACAGGCAGGAGGUGCCGCUCCAUGAGAUUAUUACGGAGCACAAGCGCUGUAUCCUUAACGGCGACGGCGCUGUGGCAAUGGACCAGCUGGAGGAACCGCGCGGGCGCAAGCGUGAGCCGAUAACUGCAACAGCAAGCCACAUGGCACUCGAGCACGAGGCUCCGGCCGGAAUUACGCACGGUGCGACAACACCGCCAGCAGCGGCGCUAACGGUGUCGGUCUCAUCAUCGCCAGAAGCAUCAACGCGAUCUAUCGCCUCCGCAAGCAACUCAUCCCUGGAGAGGAGCACGGCGGAGGAGGCAACCGAGGUAGAGGAAGCAAUGGAGGAGGGGGAAGAAGAGACAGAGGAAGCGGGAGAAGAGGCACGGCCGGUCAUCACACGUGAAGCAGCGGAGACAGCAGUGUCGGCGGAGUUUGAUUCGACGAUGGGCGGAAACGAUGGUCCCAGUUUGCCGCUUGGGAUGUGCGUCGUCCCUGCGUCCCUGAGUCUCCCGGAAAUGCUGCUGGUGCUUACCCGCGGUGGGGACAUAUUUUCCAUAAAAAUUAACAAAGAUGGUCUGCCGACGUUCUUGGUGGAGGAAUACGACGGCUGUGUCGAGACUCUUCUGCGUAGAGGGCACAGACGGCAAGGCGACGCCUCGCUGCCUCCGUGUGUGCAUUACUUGUUGCGUGGCGGCUCCGCUGUCGCCGGGUACGCGGAGGAGCCUCUGGCCAUUGGCUCAACUCUGCUCGACGCAGACGUGGGGCUUCACGUUGUGUUUGUGAUGUACAACACCGGCGUGCUCCGCGGGGGAAGGUUCACUGAGCCGGAUCUGCUCUGCCGCGAUCUCAUGCGGCAGCAGUUGGACUUCGCAAUACACCUCGGCGCCGCCUUUUCGCCCGCCGCAUCGCCGCCGAGUACGCUCUCCCUGACGCGCCUUGCCGGCCUACACACGUGCGGGAACGCAACCCUCAUCCGCUACAAUGACUCCGCAUAUCUAUGCGUGUGGCCAACCUGGUCGCGCAAGGCCGCCGGCUGGGUGUACCGCGACGUCGGCGAAGACGGAUGCCAGCGGCUGCCGCUUGUCAGCCAAGGCGCCGUCGCACCGGAGCCUGUGGCUCUGCGCCUCCCGUAUGACGUGGCCGGGGCAAGUGUCGCUGUUGGCGUCAACGAAGUUCUCAUCUUCCCGGAGGCCGCCGCCGCCGCCGUCCCUCUGAAGCAGCCGCAAUGUCCGCGCUCAACGGUGGUCACUGCGAAGAUAGCCAACCUGGUGCUGGCGGCAAUUUACGCCGCCAACGAAAAGUACAAACUGAGGUUUGACGACAACGCAAGCAACGCUAGUGAGGGCCGGGAUGCACCGGUGGAGAACGCGGAGCGUGGGAGCCUGGAGCGGCUCCUGGAACUCACGGCAGAGGGUUAUAAGCGGUGGCUGUGCGGCUAUCCGCAGGAAGCCAAGGACAGCAUCGCUGUUGAUUUGGCUAAGGGCGUGCAGGCCGCCCAUGGAGAGUUGAUGGCUCGUCAAAAUGCAAUACAGAAGCGGGAGGGAGACCUCGCCGCGCGUGUGCAGCGACUGUUGCAGCGGCAGCACGAGCACUCACAGAGUGUUGUUCACUCGCAGGGCAUCAUUCGGGACGCGGUGGUGCACCGAUGUGGGGUGGACGUCUUCUACUCAGCGAACGAGGCCCUAGGAAAGACCCACAGGCUCCUAAAUGAGCUGGAGUCGCUCGCGGCUCAGCGAAGUGACGCCAAACGGGGGGGCGGGAGCGUCUUCGUUGGAACAAGUGAGGGUACAUGA